UUCCCCCAUCUUUGGCGCCCCCUCCUGCGAGCCAGGAGUCGCAGAAUCCAUGGUCCAACCAUCGGAGGACUCGACCCUCUCUCUCUCUCUCUCUCUUCCCCAAGAGCUUCUGAGCAUAGUGACCCUUGGAUUCUGAGUUCAAGUGAACCCAGAUCGAUGCUUACAGAUUUUCAUAUGUUCAGAGUCGUUCUUUAGGGAUGGUUGGGAAUUCCUUGGCUUCACCUCUGCUCUACCUUAAACCUAGUGAUACUGUGACUGUUGCACUUGCUAGUGCUGCUUUAAGCACAUCUUUCUCCAAUUCGGCCACAUCUAAAGUGACGAGCUUAGCUUGGCCACCAAGUCUCUCUGCUAAGAAAUGGGUAGUACGUGCAAGUGAUGUAACUGUAGAUUUAAGCGAAGAACAGAAGAAGACAUGGGAAAGAUGUAGAGAUGCUCUUUCUGUGUUCAAUUUCAGCAACGAGGAGGAGGACAAGAUACUUGCUAAAGCAUUUGGCCAAAUUCAUUCCCCUUACUGGGGUGAAGAACGUAAAAAGGAAGUCCCUACCUACGAAGCUCUAAGUGAAACUUUAGAUUAUUUGAGGAGUUUAACCCUCUCAGACGAGGACCUUUGCAAGCUGCUCAAGAAGUUCCCUGAGGUUCUUGGAUGCGAACUUGAAGACGAAGUGAAGAACAACGUCAAAGUCCUGGAAAAGGAUUGGGGGAUAAAGGGCAAGUCUCUUCGCAAUCUUCUGCACCGAAAUCCAAAGGUCUUGGGUUAUAACAUUGAUUGCAAGGGAGACUGUAUGGCACAGUGCACGAGAUGCUGGGUUCGAUUUUAAGCUGUUGAAGAUCAUUUCUCCAGCACGAGGCCUCUAUAAUUUUUCUGUGAUUCUUUUGUAUGUAGGUCUUAGAUAGUCUUUCACAUAUGUCAAAUGAAGCAUGACACUUCAUACUAGUGUAACUUUUGAAUGAUAAUUAUCAGAAACCUUGUAAAGGAGGUCUCUUUUUCUAUU